GAAUCUUUUUAGCAGAGAACAUUCAAAUCUCUGACUGACAAAUUCACAUCAAGAUGGGGAACAUGCAGUGCCCUGCAGAGGAUGCAGCCCUCCUGGCCUCCGUCGCUCGAGAUAUCUGCCCUUUCCCAAACUACAAUCCUAAUCCGGUUUUCAAGAACAUGCUGUCAAUGAAUUCUUCACUUCACCUGAGGAACCACUACGAGGCAGUGCAGUCCUCUUUGACCCCCAAGCAGCUGGACGACUUCACCCAGGGCCUGAGGACCACUUUUGGCAGGGAGGGCAACGUCACUCUUGGCGGGGUGGGGGUAGUGGCCCUGUCUUUGGCUGUGCUGUUUGACACUCUUGCCAGACGGGUCCGGGGAGAGUGGGAGUCAGAAUCAGGGCCCAUUCCAGGUUUAUUUGUCAAAAGCUUGAUAGAGUACUACCCACCGUCUGUCUCCACGGUCAGCGAGUACCUGAGGCUGGUACCCCACAUUGCGAACAACCCCACCAGGAUGAGAGAGGAGUCAGAGAGGUACUUCAAGCAACUCGCAAUCGACAUAAAAACUGUGGAAAACAGCGAGAACCCGAUCUGUGAUGACGUCACAGUGGUUAACCACAUGCUUGGGAUGUUAUUUCAAAGGAAUCUGCGCAUUCACCUACUCCGUAUUUCCAACUCUUCCGUUGUAGAUGAGAUAAUUGAAUCUGUUGACGUGCUGCAGAAGACAAAAGAAAAUACAGUUUCUACAGAAACCACCGCUGAAACUGGAGGUGAUGCAGCUCAUGUCAGCAAAAUCAAAACGGGACAAACUUCUUGCUCAGAAAACCAUUGGUUCCAUCUCAACUGCGAUCCAGAGGCAGCCAGCAUAGAUUUUUUGGCUGAAGUGCAGAAAUCACAUGACACUCAGAAAGCUUUUAAACAAUGUCAUCCAUCACAGCUCAGCGAAAAGACCUGGUUGGAAUUCAUUUCCGGGCUAGCCUGGCUAGAUGUCAUAUUCGACCAGCGCUUUAUUGCACAAAACUAUAAUGAAUUACUGUCAGCUCAAAGAGAAGAUUUUGACCUGAAAGCAAAUGCACUCAGAAAAUGGGCAGAGUAGUUCACCGGUCAUCUGUCCAAACAUGCAAGAAAAAAAUUUUACUUUAAAAAGAAUACCAAUAAAAACUGCCAUUUAUCAUGCUGCAAA